AUGUCGGAUUCGCCAACUUUGCCUUCCAUAUACGAACUAAACUCUCAAGAUUAUGACGCGUUCAAAUAUUCGAUAAAUGUUUUAUUCGAACCCGCUCCACCGCUCGUAAACGUCCUCUACUCCCUUCGUCCCUUUGAUUCGUAUGCGUCACUAGUUUCAGCUGCGACCAAAAUCAUCCUUGAUGAUAACGGCCCUCUGACAUAUCAGCAAAAGCUUGAGGUCAUCAAUGCGCAUCCACGUCUAGGUGAAAAUAAAAAAAAUUUGUCGGCAAUGAGUUUAAAAGAGCAGGGAUAUACUAAAAUGGGUGAGAGUGUAGAAAGCAGUGGCGUGGACGAUGUAAACAAAAAAUUACGUGAGUUAAACACGUUAUACGAGGAAAAGUAUGGUUUCAAGUUCGUCAUAUUCGUCAACGGCAGGUCGAGAGACGAAAUUAUACCCAUCCUGAAGGAAAAGAUCGAAAAUGGUAAUAAGGAGGAUGAAUUAGGGAGGGGCUUAGCGGACAUGAUGAACAUCGCCUCAGAUCGAUUGAGAAAAUUGAACAAGGAAUGA